AAUUCAGGGGCAAUGGAAUUGGAAGGACUGAAAAGAUCUUUUAAACUUAUUCAGUCACACAAUCUUCAAGUGAGUCAUCUUAUCACAGACAGGCAUUGCCAAGUUAAAAAAUACAUGAAAACCCAACAGCCAGGAGUGAAGCACUAUUUUGAUGUUUGGCAUGUGGCAAAAGUGUCUAUUUUUUUCUACAAGUAUCAAAAAAAAAAGGUAAUGGCAGCCGGUAAGAAGAGUGGAUGUAGAUUGCUACUUGAUUGGGCACAGUCAAUAUCUAACCAUGUCUACUGGUGUGCUGCAAGUAGUGGUGGUGAUGAGAAACUACUUAAGGCUAAAUGGCUAUCAUUGCUGAAUCACAUUUGCAACAUUCAUGAUGGUCAUAGCGAAUUAUUUCCAAAAUGUGAGCAUGGUACUCUUGAGCCUCGCUUAUGGAUAAAGAAAGGUACAAAUUAAUCCUAAAUGCUCUGGUAUAAGACAUAAUAGUUAUUUACAGUAAUUGAUACUUUCUUUAUCAACAAACUUCAAUUGCCAGCCAAUGCCACAAUGUGGUAUUUGUCAACAUAUG